AGUAUGGUGUCACCGAUGGAGGAGGGGAUAGAAGCAGGAAGUACGGUGUCACCGAUGGAGGAGGGGAUAGAAGCAGGAAGUAUGGUGUCACCGAUGGAGGAGGGGAUAGAAACAGGAAGUAUGGUGUCACCGAUGGAGGAAGGAAGUGAGCCGACGGCUCAGAAUAGAUUGGGCGGGGGAGGGGAGGGGUACUUCACAGUGUUUUUGGUCUUGGAUGGAGGGAAGGAUUCGAUCGUCUGUCAGGAUCCCGGAGAGGAGAUGGCGGAGAGCGGAGAAAACCGCGACACCGAGAACAACUGGGUGAUCCCCAAUACUGAGGGCCUCCCAGUGGAGACGGUCGGGUACGAGCGCGCAGAACCGCGGCCCGGCCAUGAAGGGGCGAAACCCGCAGGUCCAGAACCGUCCGCCGUUCCCGAGAGAGAGGAGACGGGAGUGCAGGAGGUGAAGGGGCCGGAGUCUUCUCUUCAGGAGCCUGAGUCUCCUCCCACCACCGAAAUCCCGCCCCACCAGGAAAAGCUGGAGAUCCCCCCAGAGGAGGAGCCGCAGCAGAGGCUGGGGGAGGAGUCAGGACUGCGCAGAAGAUUGGCGCGUUACAUUGAGAAGUUAGCGCGGUUCCUCCCCGAUUCCCCACCGCUGGGCGGACUCAGGAGCUGGGGGCGGAGCUCUGCCAGCGGAACAGGAGGAGAUCUGGAGGAAGUGAGCUGCUCCAGCAGCGAGGACGACGCGGAGGGUCUCCGGAAGCGUACUGCGAGAGGAGCUCCGCCCACCAGCGUAGGACCCGCCCCCAGGGAGGCCGCGCAGGAGGAGGCGGAGGCCGGGAUCUCGCUCACCCUCAAUAAAUGUAUUAUUGCCGCCGUGGCUUUGGUGGCCCUCGCUGGCCUGAUCUUCACAGGCGGCCUGGGAGGAGAUGAAGAUCUCCCUCAGAGCGUCGUCCCGCGGAGCGCAAGAGGAGGAGACGAGCCGCCGCACAUCAUCGCGCCGCACACCAUCGCCGACAUCCAGGAGUGGCUUCAUCAACAUGCCGACCAGUUUACCGGGGAUCCGGACAGCCUUCAGGUUAUGAACGACCUUCUGGAUAAAGUUGCCAAGGAAAACCAAGAGAUUCGGCACAUUCAGGCCAAACUUCAGGCUCAGAAGGAGGAACUGGAAGCGUUGGUGCACGGCGGAGACAAAACCACUCCGGAGUUUAGAUUGACAGAAGAAAAUGUGAGGCUGAAGGACGCUCUCCUCCGAGAAGAGACCGGUCACCUCUCCGCCAAGGAGGAACUGCAGACCCUACAGGAGAAGGUGGAGACCUUGGAGGCCGACAGUGGAGAGAACGAGCUCUUGACCUCUGAGAACGCCCAGCUGAAAGCCGACCUGGAGGCCGCCAAGAGCCAGAUCGAGGGAUUCCUGACUCAGAAGGAGACUCUGGUGGCAGAAUCUCAGAUGCUUCGCCAGGAGUUGGACAAACAGCGGUCGUUGGUGGUCUCCCUCAGGCAGGAUCUGGAGGGCAUGACGUCCAAUACCAGCCAGGCGGAGGACGAGAAAGGAAUAAAAGGCCAGAUCUCGGAGAUGAGCAGCAGGUUGGUGAUGGAGGCUCAGAGGUCGGAGACGUGGGAGAAGAAGUACGUGGAGCAUGCGCAGAAAAGGAAAGAGCUGGUCGGGGAAGAGGCGAAGCCCCAUGGUCGUAAAGAAUGGAAAAAAGGAGAUAAGUGGGGUAAAGGUUCAGAUUCGGACGCCCCAGGGGAACAGUUCAGGAAGCCGCAUUUCAAACACGGAAAAGAACAUGGAAAAAGACGGGUGGAAGACGGGCAACCGGAAUCCCAGCAUGAAGAAUGGAAGGGUAAAAAGUACGAAAAUAAGCGGGAAAAGAAGCAUCGGCACUGGGAGGGGGAGAAAACCGGGACAGAAGAUGGAGAGCUCCAUCCACAUGAGUCUGACAGCUGGAAGGACAAAGGCAAAGAGAACCGGUGGAAGGACUCGCCUCACCAUCCCGACAACGAGAAAAACUGGAAGGACAAACACUCCGGUCAUCACCACGGAGAAGCCGGAGAUGGUUUCCACCCUCGCAAAGGCCAGAGAGAAUUCUCCGAAGGCCAGAACCAUGGAGAAGACAAGAGACGGGAACACGGGGACAAAGCCCACGGCAAAAACCACCGACACCAUGACCAUAACAAGUUCUGGAAGAAGCUCUCAAACCACCAGUACCGGGUUCCCGAAGGAUGCUCCGGCAUGGAAGACUGCGCCCGCAAAGACGGCAUCGACCUUUUCAACGUAGAGCUGAAACCGGUUGAGAGGAAACGGUUCGAAGAGAUCCUGCAGAACUACCUGGCCAAGUGCGAUCUCUCCAAACACCUCCCCGAGCUGGUACCUCUGCUUGAUGGCUUCUUCGAGGGGCCCUAUUUCGCCCAUCAGAAUAUCCGCUUUAAGGACUUUGUGGACGAUGUGGAAGACUUCCUGGAGGACCUCGCAAAGAAGGAGACCGGGAAUGAUGACCUGGUGGAUGAUUUCGAGAGAUUUGUCUACACCAACUUCUUUGGAGAGGCCGCCAUUAAGAAAAGAUCACACAAGAAAGAUGGCCACCGAAAAAGCUACAAAUCCGACCGCCGACCCAACCCCAGUAAACCGGAGGAGACGACCGAAUCCGACCUCAACCAAACCAACCCGAAAUUUUCAAACAAGAUAGACUUCAAAGUGGAUGCAGACAAUUCUCACUACAAACCCUACAAGGGGAAAGAUAGGAAGGGUUACAGUGAAAAGUCCGGGUCUCCGAGCCGCCAUCACGACGACGACGACGACAACAAUGAUCACGGAUGGAGGAAACAUAAAUUCGAGAAAGAUGCAAAAUCCCAUCAGGAGGACCAUCAUGAGACAUCGGGAUGUUCCUUCAACCAGAGCGUAGAUUUCCUUCAUGAGCAGAGAGAGUGGCCUAAGUCCAAUGAGAAGGAUCCCAACCACGGUUACAGAUCCUUCCAUGAAAAGCACCAUGACAGAAACAAAGAUGGUGGACAUCUUAAUGAGGAAUACAAGGACAGGCAAGGACACCUUCCCAAGAAUAAGCUCAAGACAGAAGACCAUAAAGAUCCACAUGGAAAGGACAGACAUGGACACAAUAAUUCAUCUUUUAUGGACCACGGUGAAGACCUGGAACGGCCAUUUCACCAUCAACCUAAACAAUACAGGAAGAAACAGGAGAAAGACGCCAUUAAUGAGUAUUAUCGGUCAUCUCAGCCACAAUAUGAAAAACAUGAGGGUCACCACCAUGAACACAAGCCAAGGAAGGAAGGUGAGGGUCACCACCAUGAACACAAGCCAAGGAAGGAAGGUGAGGAUCACCACCAUGAACACAAGCCAAGGAAGGAAGGUGAGGGUCAUCACCAUGAAAACAAGCCAUGGAAAAAAGAUCACAGUGACCAUCAUGAACACAAGCCAAGGAAGGAAGGUGAUGGUGACAACCACCAUAAACACAAGUCAUGGAAGGAAGGUGAUGACGACAACCACCAUAAGCACAAGUCAUUGAAGGAAGGUGAUGGAGACCACCAUAAACACAAAUCAUGGAAGGAAGGUAAUGGAGACCACCAUAAACACAAGUCAUGGAAGGAAGGUGAUGGAGACCACCAUAAACACAAGUCAUGGAAGGAAGGUGAUGGAGACCAUCAUAAACACAAGUCAUGGAAGGAAGGUGAUGCAGACCACCAUAAACACAAGUCAUUGAAGGAAGGUGAUAAAAACGACCACCAUAAACACAAAUCAUGGAAGGAAGGUGAUGGUGACAACCACCAUAAGCACAAGUCAUUGAAGGAAGGUGAUGGAGACCACCAUAAACACAAAUCAUGGAAGGAAGGUGAUGGUGACCACCAUAAACACAAGUCAAUGAAGGAAGGUGAUGACGACAACCACCAUAAGCACAAGUCAUUGAAGGAAGGUGAUGGAGACCACCAUAAGCACAAGUCAUUGAAGGAAGGUGAUGGAGACCACCAUAAACACAAAUCAUGGAAGGAAGGUGAUGGUGACCACCAUAAACACAAGUCAAUGAAGGAAGGUGAUGAUGACGACCACCAUAAGCACAAGUCAUUGAAGGAAGGUGAUGGAGACCACCAUAAACACAAAUCAUGGAAGGAAGGUGAUGCAGACCACCAUAAACACAAGUCAUUGAAGGAAGGUGAUAAAAACGACCACCAUAAACACAAAUCAUGGAAGGAAGGUGAUGGUGACAACCACCAUAAGCACAAGUCAUUGAAGGAAGGUGAUGGAGACCACUAUAAACACAAAUCAUGGAAGGAAGGUGAUGGUGGCAACCACCAUAAGCACAAGUCAUUGAAGGAAGGUGAUGAUGACGACCACCAUAAGCACAAAUCAUGGAAGCAAGGUGAUGGUGACCACUAUAAAUACAAGUCAUUGAAGGAAGGUGAUGGAGACCACCAUAAGCACAAGUCAUUGAAGGAAGGUGAUGGAGACCACCAUAAACACAAGUCAUGGAAGGAAGGUGAUGGAGACCACCGUAAACACAAGUCAUGGAAGGAAGGUGAUGGAGACCACCGUAAACACAAGUCAUGGAAGGAACGUGAGGGUGACAACCAUAAACACAAGUCAUGGAAGGAAAGUGAUGGUGACCAUCAUAAACGCAAGUCAGGGAAGGAUGGUGAAGGCCACCACCUUGAACAUAAGCAAUGGAAGGAGCAAGGCCACAAGCAUGAUGACCACAGACAGAAACCCUACAAGGACAAGUUGGAAGAAAACAAACAUCAAUCCCACCAUAACAAGUACGAUGACAAUGAGCAUAAAUCCAGAUCCAACCACAAAGACCAUGGAAAAAAUAGGAACGAAUAGUUCUCUUUACCGAAUACAUGAUGAUGAUAAAAACCAGUCUGAACCCUUUUACCAGCACGUCCAUCACCAUGACCACGAGGAGCACCAAGCUUCACACUAUCUUCACAAUGACUGAGCACCACCCCCCUUGUGAAUCUCUUCAUGGACUCGUAAACAGUGUCUACUCCAUGGCCGUCCACAUGGUCAAUGUCUAUUCAAUGGCCGUCCAAAUGGUCGAUGUCUACUCAAUGGCCGUCCAAAUGGUCGAUGUCUACUCAAUGGCCAAUGUCUACUCAAUGGCCGUCCAAAUGGUCAAUGUCUACUCAAUGGCCUCCAAAUGGUCAAUGUCUACUCAAUGGCCGUCCAAAUGGUCAAUGUCUACUCAAUGGCCGUCCAAAUGGUCAAUGUCUACUCCAUGGCUGUCCAAAUGGUCAAUGUCUACUCAAUGGCCGUCCAAAUGGUCAAUGUCUACUCCAUGGCCGUCCAAAUGGUCAAUGUCUAAUCAAUGGCCGUCCAAAUGGUCAAUGUCUACUCCAUGGCCGUCCAAAUGGUCAAUGUCUACUCCUUGGCCGUCCAAAUGGUCAAUGUCUACUCCUUGGCCGUCCAAAUGGUCAAUGUCUACUCCUUGGCCGUCCAAAUGGUCAAUGUCUACUCCUUGGCCGUCCAAAUGGUCAAUGUCUACUCCUUGGCCGUCCAAAUGGUCAAUGUCUACUCAAUGGCCGUCCAAAUGGUCAAUGUCUACUCAAUGGCCGUCCAAAUGGUCAAUGUCUACUCAAUGGCCGUCCAAAUGGUCAAUGUCUACUCAAUGACCGUCCAAAUGGUCCUCCUGUAAGCUCUGCAAGGACCUGAGAUGUCCACCAAAUUCCAUUAAAAAAAGACUCAAUCCUUUCCCUGCCUUGACUUUCAACCUUGAGCAGCAGAUUUUGGUAGAAGGUCCCGAUUACCCCGAUUAGUUUUCUAUGUUAUAGGUUAGGAAAUGUGUGUUGUUUACAGGCCAUCGGGCUGCUGGUGGUCGGUGAAGAUAGAACGUUGGUUCCACCACCCUCAUAGAUCUGUGUUUGCACUCUCCUCCCACACCUGCUCAUGGAUGUUUCCCCCGGUCAUCGAACCUUCACUGUUACCUGAUUGGUGGAAGGACUGCUCUUUUGUGAAGCUCCUCCCCUUUGUCUCAUGAGAACCGCCCCUGGUACUUUUUUGUCGGACAGUCUCUUGCCUUAACCACUAGUGCCUUCGCCUCCAAUCGGGAGACUUCUAAACCAGCCGAUAAAAAAAA